UCUGAACAAUGACUCUCAGCAAAGGAUAAGAAGCCACUAGAAUGCGUAAUUUAACACGAAUUCUCAGUAUUGUGCGUUUUUCCUUGCGUGGUUUUUCAAUGCACUAACCAUAAACAUGUGGAUACCUACAGAAUACGAGAAAUACGGAGUCGUAUUGGCCAGUUUUCGGGGGAUGGUGCAGCACGGCCUGCCGCUGGAGAUCGGCGACACCGUGCAGAUCCUGGAGAAAUGUGAAGGCUGGUACAGAGGCUUCGUCCAUAAGAACCCUAAUGCCAAAGGGAUUUUCCCAAGCAGCUAUAUUCAUUUGAAAAUUGCUCAUAUCAAGAACAAAGGGCAGUUUGAGACGGUUGUACCCACAGAGGACUCGGUUAUCACAGAGAUGACAGCCACGCUUCGGGAGUGGGGCACCAUGUGGAAGCAGCUCUACGUGAAGAAUGAGGGAGAUCUAUUCCACAGGCUGUGGCAUGUGAUGAAUGAGAUCUUGGAUCUACGACGGCAGGUGCUUGUGGGUCACCUGACCCAUGACCGCAUGAGGGAUGUUAAGCAGCAUAUCACUGCACGCCUAGACUGGGGCAAUGAGCAACUGGGUCUGGACCUGGUCCCCAGAAAUGAGUUCAGCAUGGUAGAUCCUGAUGAAACCAGCAUCACUGAGCUCUAUAGACUGAUGGAACAUCGGCACCGUAAAAAGGAAUCGUCGGUCCCAGCCAGCACGCAUCACCUGUUUGUCCACAUGAAGAGCCUUAUGAGCUCCAACCUGGGCGAAGAACUGGAUGUCUUCUUCUAUAUCUACGACAGUAGAGAGAGCCAGCCCCUCAGUGAAAGGUUCUUUGUGAAGCUGAACAAGAAUGGAGUGCCCAAGUCUUCAGAGAAGACAGAGAGACACUGCACACUCUUCGUGGACCUGGGGAGCAGUGACCUGAGGAAAGACGUAUAUAUUGUUGUUCACAUAAUUAGAAUUGGACGCAUGGGCGCUGGCGAGAAGAAGAACACAUGCAGUGUACAGUAUAGACGCCCAUUUGGCUGCGCGGUGGUCAGCAUCGCUGAUCUGCUCACCCCAGACUCAAAAGAUGACCAUCUCCUGAAGGUCUACACCUGCAAUACAGAAAGCGACUGGAAUCAGAUCCAUGACAACAUCAUUAAAAAAGUGAACUCCCGAUAUAAUCUCUCCGGAUCCAACACAGGCCUGUCAGUGGCUCUGCAUUUGCUGCAUGGGGACAUUGAACAGCUGCGGAGGGAGUACAUGGCCAUUUUCACACGCGGAGUGUCCAUCACCAGGAAGCUGGGCUUCUCGGACGUCAUCAUGCCAGGUGAAAUGAGGAAUGAUCUUUACAUCAUGUUGGAUAAGGGAGAAUUUGAGAAGGGCGGGAAGACCGUAGCCAGGAAUGUGGAGAUCACCGUUUAUGCACUGGAUGCGGAUGGACAGAUUCUCAGGGGCUACGUAGCAGCAGGCUCUGGAGAACCAGGCGAGGAUGAGUACCACUCCUUCGUGCUGUACCACAACAAUAGCCCUCGGUGGGCGGAGCAGAUCAAGCUGCCCAUCCCGGUGGACGUGUUCCAUGGCUCCCACGUCCGCUUCGAGUUCCGCCACUGCUCUACAAAAGACAAGGGGGAGAAGAAACUCUUUGGCUUCUCCUUCGUUCCCCUGAUGCAGGAGGAUGGGCGCACUCUUCCUGAUGGCACGCACGAGCUCAUUGUGCACAAGUGCGAAGAGAACACAAACCUUCAUGACUGUGCACGCUACCUCAAACUCCCCUACUCCAAAGCCAACCUGCCCGGAAACAGCCAAACCAUGAAGGGCACCAAGGAGUCACUCUGGAUCACUUCCUUCCUCUGCUCCACAAAACUCACUCAGAAUGGUGACAUGCUGGACCUGCUGAAAUGGAGAGCACACCCCGAGCGCAUCAGUGACUGUCUGUCUAAACUGAAGGAGAUCGAUGGUUCUGAGAUAGUCAAGUUUUUACAGGAUACACUGGACACGCUCUUUGGCAUCCUAGAUGAGAACUCUCAGAGACACAGCCUCAAAGUUUUUGAUUGCCUUGUGCACAUCAUAAACCUGCUCCAGGACAGCAAGUUUCAGCACUUUAAGCCAGUCAUGGACACGUAUAUUGAGAGCCACUUUGCUGGGGCUUUGUCAUACAGAGAUCUGAUAAAGGUGCUGAAGUGGUACAUGGACCGCAUCAUUGAAGCGGAACACCAGGAGCACAUCCAGCAGGUCCUCAAGGCGACGGAGUACAUCUUCAAGUACAUCAUCCAGUCCCGGCGGUUGUUUGCGCUGGCCACCGGCGGCCAGAACGAGGAGGAGUUCCGCUGCUGCAUGCACGAGCUCUUCAUGUCCAUCCGAUUCUUCCUAUCGCAGGAGAGCAAGGGUCCGGGCCCCAUCUCGCACACAAAGGCGGUGUUUCUGCAGAUGUUUCCUGCUGUUUAUGGGGAACUGCUGAAGCUGUUCACAGUGAGAGAGGUGGCCACAUUUGUGAGUGAGACGCUGGGCGGGCUGCCGUCAGCCUCUCGAGCAGACUGCCCCCUGGAGGCCGUCAAGCUGCACUGCAUCGCCAAGACUGUGGAGAGUCAGCUAUACACGAACACUGAGUCGAGGUGCAUCCUGCUGCCCGUGGUCCUGCGUUUGGUACAGACUCAUAUGCAGGAGCAGAGAGAUGUGGUGAUGUGUGCAAAUAUCCUCACCAUCAUGCUGUCCCUCAUCAGGAGAGAUGACACGGAGCCAGCUGUGUCCGAGGAGGUCGACCUGAUAGUGGAGAGCAUGCUGGCCGUGUUACUCAGCACCAUACUGGAGAUCUCCAACCGUCCCCAGUCCACUGGAGGGACCAUACGGCCACAGUAUCAGGACGUGACGGGGGAAUUUGUGGCCUGUCUACUGACUCUGCUGAAGCAGAUGAGAGACAAACACUACCAGCAGCUCCUCCAGAAAUUCACCAGCAAAGACGAACUGAGGGAUUUUCUGCUUCAGAUUUUCACCGUGUUCCGGAUCCUCAUCCGGCCAGAGAUGUUCCCUAAGGACUGGACAGUAAUGCGUCUCGUCACCAAUAAUGUCAUCAUCACCACUGUGCUCUACCUGUCAGACGCACUGAGGAAGAACUUUCUCAACGACAAGUUUGAUUAUAAGGUGUGGGACUCCUACUUCUAUCUGUCUGUCAUCUUCAUCAACCAGCCCUGCCUGCAACUUGAAACCUUCUCUCCUUCCAAACGCAAGAAAAUUCUAGAAAAGUAUGGUGAUAUGAGGGUAAUGAUGGGCUGUGAAAUCUUCAGUAUGUGGCAGAAUUUGGGAGAACACAAAUUUAACUUCAUCCCUGCCAUGAUCGGCCCUUUUCUGGAGGUCACGCUGGUUCCUCAGCCGGAUCUGAGGAAUGUCAUGAUUCCCAUCUUUCACGACAUGAUGGAUUGGGAGCAACGCCGCAGCGGCAACUUCAAGCAGGUGGAAGCGAGACUCAUAGACAAGUUGGACAGUCUGAUGUCGGAGGGAAAAGGUGAUGAGACGUACCGGGAACUCUUCAACAGCAUAAUUCCUCUGUUCGGUCCGUACCCUAGUCUUCUAAAGAAGAUAGAGAGAGAAACAUGGAGAGAAAGUGGAAUCUCGCUCAUUGCCACGGUAACGCGUCUGAUGGAAAGACUGCUGGACUACAGGGAUUGUAUGAAGCUCGGGGAAGUCGAUGGGAAGAAGAUUGGCUGUACUGUCAGUCUGCUGAACUUCUAUAAAAUGGAACUUAAUAAGGAAGAGAUGUACAUCCGUUACAUCCAUAAGCUGUAUGACCUGCACUCAAAAGCCCAGAACUACACAGAGGCUGCUUACACACUGAUGCUGUAUGACGAGCUGCUGGAGUGGUCAGAGCGGCCACUGCGGGAGUUCCUGAAUUACCCCAUGCAGAACGAGUGGCAGAGGAAAGAACACGUGCACCUCACCAUCAUCCAGAACUUUGACCGUGGCAAGUGUUGGGAGAACGGCAUCUUGCUGUGCAGAGAGCUGGCUGAUCAGUACGAAGCUUACUAUGAUUACCGGAACUUGAGCAAAAUGAGGAUGAUGGAGGCCUCCCUGUAUGAUAAAAUCAUGGACCAGCAAAGACUGGAGCCUGAGUUCUUCAGAGUGGGGUUUUAUGGAAAGAAGUUCCCCUUUUUUUUAAGGAAUAAGGAGUUUGUGUGUCGUGGUCAUGACUAUGAGCGCUUGGAGGCUUUUCAGCAGCGCAUGCUCAAUGAAUUCCCACAUGCCAUUGCCAUGCAGCAUGCCAACCAGCCUGACCAGAGCAUCUACCAGGCUGAAGCCCAGUACCUCCAGAUCUAUGCCGUGACACCCGUACCAGACAGCCAGGACGUCCUCCAGAGGGAUGGUGUUCCGGACAACAUCAAGAGCUAUUACAAGGUCAACCACAUCUGGAGGUUCCGCUAUGACCGUCCCUUCCACAAGGGCACCAAGGACAAGGAGAAUGAGUUUAAGAGUCUGUGGGUGGAGAGGACCACACUGACCCUGGUACAGAGCCUUCCGGGCAUCUCCCGCUGGUUCGAAGUGGAGAAGCGUGAACUGGUGGAGGUGAGCCCACUGGAGAAUGCCAUCGAGGUGCUGGAGAACAAGAACCUGCAGCUGCGCACUCUCAUCGCCCAGUGCCAGACCCGGCAGAUGUCCAACAUCAACCCGCUCACCAUGUGCCUGAACGGGGUUGUAGACGCCGCCGUCAAUGGAGGCCUUGCCCGCUACCAGGAGGCAUUCUUUGUGAAAGACUAUGCGAUGAAUCACCCAGAGGAUGGAGAUAAAAUCGGACGCCUCAGAGAACUAAUGUUUGAACAGGCACACAUUCUGGAGUUUGGCCUGGCCGUCCAUGACAAAUUCGUCCCUCAGGACAUGAGACCACUGCAUAAGAAACUGGUGGAUCAGUUCCAUCUCAUGAAGUCCAGCUUGGGGAUUCAGGAGUUCCCAGCCUAUGUGCGAGCCAGCCCCGUCCACUUCACAAACGGGAGCCCACGCAUCGGACGCAACUCGGUGCCCAACAUACUAUGCCCCGAGGGAAGCCGCGUGGUGGUCCGCCACAGUCCGCUCAGCUAUCCGGCAGCAAACCGCUACUCCUCAUCCUCGCUGUCAUCACAGGCCUCCAAUGAAGUGAGCAACAUCACGGGCCAGUCAGAGAGCUCCGACGAGGUCUUCAACAUGCAGCCCAGCCCAUCUACCUCAAGCCUCAGCUCCAAUCACUCGGCCUCUCCCAACGUGAGCAGCUCCGCCCCCUCCAGCGCCAGAGGUUCACCGCAGUUGUCCGAGAAACACAAACAUGUCCGGGAGAACUCCUGCCUCUCUCCAAGGGAGAGGCCUUGCAGUGCCGUUUUCCCCAACGCCCUGGACCCCACACAGAGGACCAUUACGCAUCCAGGAGGAGACACUUCCCUCCCCCGCAGUGAUCCCAACAUCUCUGCUCCAGACAAAGUGGUCAGGCCUGCCCCGAGCAGCUGGAGUCUUGACACCCCGCUCUCCGACUCGUUCGGGAAGCUGUUGUGUCCCCCUGUACCUCCUAGGCCUCCGUACUCAGGGUCUCCUGCUAAGAGCCUGAGAUCGCAGUCGCCGGCACCGGCGUUGCGGUCCCCACAAAAGACCCAUGCUUCCCCCUUUACACCCUCGCCUACGGAGUGCCAGUCAGCAGGCCUUGUGCCCAACUCACCUGUUCUGUCCGGAAGCUACAGCAGUGGCAUCUCCUCUCUCAGCCGCUGCAGCGUCUCCGACGCCUCAGGCACCGAGGCCCCUGCUGUUGACCACGCCUUCCCAACCUCCAUCUCCAGCGGUUCGGAUGAGCUUAUUCGCCGUGAGAACAAGACCCCACCUCCUUACAGUGUGUAUGAGCGCAACAACCCCCGGCGGCCGGUGCUGCUUCCCCACAGCCUCUCCAUCCCCCCGCCCAGUGCAGAUGCCCCGCCCAUCCCACCAAAGCCUCACCAGCUCCGCGGUGGCAAGCCAGAGGUGGACCCGCGGCGGGUUGAACAACUCCCUCGACCAAGACCCCUCCCCAGGAAGGUCUCUCAGCUCUAGAGCUGCUGGGUGCAAGCCCCACCCUGACCACUUGCACUUUCUCCCCCUCUCUGUUUGGGCCAGUAAACCCAAAUAUCCAGUUUAAUAGUGGAGGAGGGACAUUGCAGGGGUAUGACUGCUUCUGUCUGCACUUUUAGAUUUGAGAAUGGAAGGUUCCCAUGUCAAAAUGUGUACACGAUCACUCGAGUGCCAGGGCAUUUUCUUAGUGUGAUGGGUAGAUCUGCCAAUUCCAUUAAGUGUAAAUAUUGAUAUGAGACUUACGUUUUGCCUUAAAUAUUGAAAACAGAGUCUUGUAUCGAUGGAUAUUGCACGUUUUUUUAAGUACAUUGUACUUUUUUUAAUGGCUUAAAGGUGCUAGUCGCCACAAUUCCUGUAUUCAUGCAGCCACUGGAUAAUGACCACAUGGAUAUCAUGCAGUACAUAUUUUCAUAGAAAUGGAUUGUGCUUUUUAGGUGCCAAAUUCACCACUUUCUCUCAUCCAACAACAGGGGUAUUUUUUUCAGCAGGUCUUUGAUGUCAGAGGCCAUAAUCCUUUUUUUUGGCACACGAAAGAAAAGAAUUGAAAUCUGUUUGCACACAUUAACCUCCCUCUAUACCGUAGUCUUAUCUGACAGUUAUCUAUUAACAUGGUAAAACAUCACUUGCUUGGCCUGUAUGGGCGUUUCAGAGCUCCAUGGUUUGCAUGAUUUUGGCAGGAUGCCAUUCAGUGCUAGAACCCGUCUCUGUUGAACUCCUCAUUCGCCUGCCCGAUUCUGAUGGAUGACAAUUCAGAACUCCAGCCCGUCCCUGCUGAUAAAUCCUUGCGUUAUUUUGCCAAGUCUGGUGCCAAAGGAAUGUUGAUGCUCUAUGGAACUGAAUAUUCCAAACCUGUCGAUACUGAAGGAGGAUGCAAAAAAGGGAAAAGUCACACACCACAUAUUUGGCUUAAGAAGGAUAUCUAUUGCCAGAUUUUGUGUGCCGUUGUUUUACGGUUGGUUUUCUGAAGGUCAGUAAAGAUGAAGCACAAAUGAGUUAGUGAGCAGCAUAACUACCUACAAGCCGACAGGCUGGAGCCCAUGCUACCCCACAGGAGAUGCGCGGGGAAAGCAGCCGAAGGCGGAAGUGUCCUUCCCAGGAGCAUGGCAGAAAGAUGCCUAAUAACAUGCAGAAUACAGUGACUGUGAAACUCCUUCAGAAACUCCUGGAGCCAUUACAGAAAGGCCACUCCUGUUUAGAUGCCAACCUGCCAAUCAGAAGUGUCUCACCCAUAAAUAUGCCAGUUGUCACAUCACACCGUCACAUGUCAGUAGAAAUUAUAGGUUCAUUUGAAGGGUUCGAACACAGUGCUCCAUAGUGAGUGUGUGACAAUAUAUCAGUAUAAUCAUCUAGCUCUACUGUUAAACAAACGAUUCAACAAUAACACAUGACUAUUUGUGCAACCUAAUUAAAUCAUCCAUGAAAAAAAAGCACCAAUAUUUAGUUCAAGUAUAGCCUGUUUUCAGUUUUCUGUUUGUCAUUUGGUUGAUGAUAAAAAUCUACAUUUAACAUGCAAUUUAGAUUCAAUUUGUUCAACUCUUAUUUCAUUCAUGUGUCAUUGCACAAUUACAGUACUGUUCAUUUAAUAUUGUCACAGCCCUACUUAACAGUGAUAAUGAAUUGUGUUUUUACUAUUUUUUUUGCAUUGCAUUUUUAUUUGUGAUGCAUAAACAUUCAUAUACAUGCUCUAAACUAUGGGCUGGUAGACCUUUUAUUUAGCAGUAUGCAUCUAUACUGUCUGUGUUGGCGAUGUUAAUGAAAUGAUGUGGUAUCAAACCUUCAGUUGUGCCCUUCGGAUGAUGUUUUGCCAGAAUAAACAACAGAAGACCAGAUAUUGUUUUGUAAACAUUUAGUGAAAAAUAUUGAUCACCUCAUUCAGUGCUAUGAUUCUGUUUCUGAAAUAUUGAGUAUUAUAUACCUUAUAUACCUUUUUUGUAAAUUACAAAUCCAGAAUUGGAUUUAUUGAGUUUUGAAUGAUCAUAUCACAAGAAUCAGUACUUGAGAAAUUGUAAAUUAUGAUGAUGAAAUUGUUGUAAGUAUGCCAAAUACCUUGUCUAUUGUACAUAUUGUGUUUUUAACAGUGUAGCUAUAACAAAUUUACAGCUUUGAAUGUGGGAGCAGUAAAUUAUAAAUGUUAAAUAUUUAUGUUUUGGGGGAGUGUAGAGAGAAUAAGGUCAAGUUGGAAGGAGUCUAACACAUGUACUUUACAUAAUGACUUGCUGUGUAAUAAAAGGUUUUCAGCAAGCCUA